GAAUAACCUGCAAAUACGUGGUCACACUCCUGGACAAAUCUGGGAGAUUCCGAAGGUGCCGGAAGACGGGCGACAUUGCGGCGAGCUCAUCGACGCUUCUCGAUUGAAAAUCGACCACAGGACCGCGGAGUUAAGUCAGUUUAAGAAGAACAUAUGGGGUAGAAUAUCUCCCUUUUUUACUAAGGGAGGCACACAUUUUCAAGAGGAGCGAGGGUAGACGCUGCUUAGCCCUACAUAUCGAUAAAAAGAGCUCCCCUCAAAACCAAGUACAUCGGGAGAUAUCUUAUCUUAUAGUUUGGGGUAGAAUCAUACCCCUUGAACAUCUCCGUGGUCUUUCAUCACUUCAACCCAGACUUUUGUAUUUCUAGUGCAUAACACCAAGAACUAAUAUUUCCCCGCGUCGGAAAAUUUUUAGCAUAGUUAUUUUUCUUGUUAUUAAGGUAUUUUUACAUAUUCUACUCCCUUACAGGGUAGAAUAUUAGUAUUUAAGUUUUUUCUCUUUUUUAUACGUUUUAACAUACGUUAAAUAUAUAUUAAUAAACGAAAACUAGAAGGCGGUAGCCCUUAAAAUAAAAUUUUACCUUCCCGCGGCAAUUUUGCUUCAAAAAGGUAAAUCCUUAAAAGUCCGAUAAAUCUCAAUUCUUCACCUACGGCACAACAACCGUCCUGAAACCACAGAGAGUUGUGGCUCCAACAGGAGCUUAAGUAGGUUAAGUGACAAGUGAGAAAAAGGUACUCUUGUCACUAAAAACUUUAAAAACUUAAUGGAGCACGGUGCACCUCCAAGUAGUUUAAGUCUUGCGAGUCCUUCAGGUUGGAUGACUAGUGGCUUAUUCGUGGAGGUAAUGAAACAUUUCAGGCAUGACACCGGAAUAUCCAUCUCUGCAUAUAAUGGAUAAUCAUGAGUCACAUUUGUCCAUUGAGGCUCUAGACUUAGGGAAACAAUCGGGUGUUGUAGUUCUUACCUUUCAUCCUCACACUACUAACAAAUUAUAACCCUCAGAUGUAGUUUGAUGGGCCCUUUAAAGUCAUAUUAUUAUUCCGCACUUGAGUCAUGGAUGCUGCAAAACCCUGCGUCAACGACCGCGAGCAUCAUAUGAAGCUCUGGGUCGCCUAACGACUCUCUUCCUUACAACUUCUGUUCUUAGACGUAUUUUCGUAUACGGUUUU